GUGUCUGGGUCUGGCCCUCCCUCCUCACGCGGGUAUUGCAGUAACAAGUCUCACCGGCCGUAACCCUAUCUAUCUCUUGGGUGGGUUGGAUCCAUAUCUCUCUCUCUUCCUCCUGCGCCGUCGCCGGCCGCAUCGAUCUCUCCCUGGAUCUCAGCCGCGCCGCCCAUGGCUGCUCCGUCAAGUCUUCCUCUCCUCACCGGCCAUCUGCCGUCGCCGCUCGCACCCACGCAGGGUGCCCUACGUUUGCGUCUCGCGGCCGGUACGGUCGAUGUGAUCCGUCCGGCAGGCCGGCCGGACGCGAUCUGAUCCAGCCGGCCGGACACGGCGACAAGCUCUCGUCUCUGCUGAAUCCUAGGCAAAAGCAAGCCAGGUUGGAUCUGCGGUCAUGGCAGAGGCCGCUCUUCCAUCCCAGCUCAUGUUUCACUGGAAUCCCGGCCGGCGGCGAGGCCUCCUCACGCUGAGGAGCUGCAUCUCCCUGUCUCUUCAUGGCUGGCCAGCACGAACUAAAAAGAUUUCUGUGACCAUAGCCGUAAAAAUGCUCACAAAUAAAGGAGAGAUGGGGUGGGUAGACCGGCCCAGUAGCAAUAGCCCAUUAAGUUGGUCGAGCGUGGCAGCCGGCGCGAGAGGCAAGGGGAGAAUUCCAGAAGGUUCUCCAGAGGUCGAGAGAGAAGAGAGGGAGAGGAGGGGAAGGAAGCCCUAGUCGCCGUCGCCGUCGCCGUCGCCGUCGCUCCCAUCCAGACCGCGGCCAGGAGCCCAUGGCGCUUCGCACGGUCGCGUCGAGGACGAGGAGCGCCGCUCUCCAUCUGGCAGCGCCGGCGCCGCGGUUCUCGCCGCCGGCGAAGGGCUUCUCUACCCCGGCCGCCCCACGCGCCGUCUUCGGCAAGACCUCGUCACUUGCCUACUCAAGCUGGAGUGCCGGAAGCAGCUUUGCCAACACUGCUGUUCAGCAGGCACUUGUGUACCCAAGCCCAGCCACCAGUGCGGGAAGCAGCCUCGUUAGCACUGCUCGUGUUCAGCAGGCACGUUGCUACUCAGCUGGUGCCCUGGUGAUCGACGAGGAGACUGUCCAGGCUCUAGUCACCGGGGUGGCCAAGUGUAAUUCAGUGGCAAGCAAGUGCCUUGCGGAGAUCCAGACGGUGCAAGAUCUGCAAAUCAUCACGCUUGUUGUCAUUUUGUCUGGGGUUGUGGGGGCCUGGUAUGUCGGACAGCAAGUAAUUGAUCGGGGGUCAGAGAUCCUGGGGCAGCUGCAAAAGCAUGCCCCGGAAAUCUUGGGGGGCGUCUGCGAUGAGAUGGUGUACCAGUUGAAGAUACCGUUCUUUGGCAGUGGAAGGCGCCUCGUCUUGCAAGAUUAUUGGUUCAACGACCCCGAGAAGUCGCUGACGAGGUACGAGCAGAGGAUGAGGCGUGAGGCUGCGAGGCUAGAGAUGGACCGGCUUCGACUCGAGGAGUUCAACCGCGCCCAGGAGGAGAAGAAGCGCGAGGCUGCGCAGAUGUACGAGCAGUCCUUGGCAAGGAAACAAAUCAACGACCUGCUGCUCAAGGACAAGCUUCGUGAGGAGAGGAUAAAGCAGUUGACGGGACAGUAGGAGGCAGGGACAGCAGCUGAGCGGUUGAUGGGACCUGGUUUUUGACACUGUUGGCGUCCAUAUUCUUGCUCUGGACUAUUCAAUUUUGCUUGUUCUUCCCUUUGUCUGCUUCUAAACUGUCUGUCGAAUUGACUUGAUUAGUCAGCUUUGAAAUGGUAUAUGUGGCACGUGCACAGCACAAUGCAAUUUUCCAAACUAAAUAUAAUAUCUAUUUCCUGAU